AUGAAACCGUGCUUUUCUGGCUCUACUUCAAAACCGAAAGAAGAUAAAGAUAAUCAUACCGGCUCGGUCGUCGCCCGGAACCACAAGGACCGCAUUGCAGCUUUGGGGACUAGGAGCUACAAUGAAAAGUUUGUUACUGAGUCCCAAAGAGGUCAAAUGAAGAUGAAAUUCACAGUUGGAAUUUGGAAUGUGAGGUCACUGUGGCAAGCUGGAACAUAUGCAAUGCUAAAAAAAGAGCUUGAGAGGUUUAGAUAUGAUGUGGUUGGUUUGUGUGAAGUUAGAUGGACAGGGAGUGGAGAAUUGGAGAAAGGAAAACUGUUAUGGUCAGGCACAGAAACCGAGCAUAUUUAUAGAAAAAAUGUUAAGAUCAUUGUUGGGGACUGGAAUGCUAAAAUUGGAAGUGACAACAUUGAAUUUGAAGAAGUUAUGGGAAAAUACGGCGUAGGAGACAGAAAUGAUAGAGGAAAAAAGUUAUUAAAGUUAAGUUUAUCUAAAGUAGAUAAACAGCUAGAAAAACUGUCAAGAAAAGUCGAUCAUUUUUCUAAUGUCCUGUCGUCAGUGGCGGAUCUAGAAAUUUCUGGUGGGGGUAUAAUUGACAUUAUUCGUAAAGAAUACAAAAUAUUUGAUAAAGUCAAACCAAUGCACAAACUACAGUUCAAUGUCAGGCCAACAAAAAGCGAGAAGAAGAAGACGAUCGUAAACCGGGGCGUUUAG